AUGAUAGGCACACGGCCGUGGUGUGUUCCAGCACGUCAACCACCGGAACUUAAUAAUUAUAUUAAGUCUGCCCGCCUGCCGGAAAAGCCUCGCCCUAGUUGGAAGUCCGACACCGGGGGACAUGCCGUCCACUCGGGUCACCUCGGCCUAACCGGGAUAUCUCACGGCGAAAUAGAUAACGACGACAGUUGCGUGUCGGUGGAGGUAUCGGAAAUGACAAAUUGUAAGUCGUCGUACCUACUACAACUACUGUUGUCUGUAAAUCUCACGUCCGACCGGAAGAACAUCUGUGAAAAGGCUUAUACCUUUAGCGAGAACUCCGGACCUCACGAUAGUAAUAUUAUUUAUACGAAAAACACAGUGCGCGUUAUACCGGAAAACAGUUAUAUUCUCUAG